UGCACAGCGGCAGGAAGUGGCGAGGGCGGGGCCGGCGCUGCAUGGUGGAGUCGGGAGACCUGCCAAGAUGCUGCUCGACUUGUCGGAGGAGCAUAAGGAGCACCUGGCCUUCCUACCGCAAGUGGACAGCGCAGUGGUAGCCGAGUUCGGAAGAAUCGCUGUGGAGUUCCUCAGACGGGGAUCUAACCCGAAGAUCUACGAAGGCGCCGCCAGAAAACUUAAUGUGAGUAGUGACAGUAUCCAGCAUGGUGUGGAAGGAUUAACUUAUCUCCUCACUGAGAGCUCGAAGCUCAUGAUUUCUGAACUGGAUUUCCAAGACUCUGUUUUUGUUCUGGGAUUCUCUGAAGAGCUGAACAGAUUAUUGCUUCAGCUUUACCUGGACAACAGAAAGGAGAUCAGGACUAUUCUGAAUGAAUUGGCACCUCGUCUUCCCAGUUACCAUAGUCUUGAAUGGCGGCUAGAUGUGCAACUUGCAAGCAGAAGUCUCCGGCAACAAAUUAAGCCAGCAGUGACUAUAAAGCUGCACCUCGAUCAGAAUGGCGACCACAGCACCCAUCUUUUGCAGACAGACCCAGCCACCCUGCUUCAUUUGGUUCAGCAACUGGAGCAAGCAUUGGAGGAAAUGAAAACAAACCACUGCCGGAGAGUAGUCCGCAGCAUCAAGUAGCUCUGCCCUUCAGUUGGUGAUGCAGGGAUUGCAAUAGUACAUGUGGAUGUCAUGGACUUUCUUUUCUGGUUCAGGAUGCUGAAAUCUUGAUCAAAAGCUAAAGUACAGUUCCUUCUGGUGCUACGUGCAGUCAGCUUCUUCACAAAUUGAAUGCCUUUUGUAUUUUAAAUGUAUAAAUAGGAUGGACUCAACUAAAACUAAUCAAUACUGUUCGCAUCUGUGUAUAUGUGACUCUCCUGGAAUACUGUUCACGUCUUCUGUGUAUAUGUGACUCUCCUGGAAUACUGUUCAUGUCUUCUGUGUAUGUGUGACUCUCCUGGAAUACUGUUCACGUCUUCUGUGUAUGUGUGACUCUCCUGGAAUACUGUUCAUGUCUUCUGUGUAUGUGUGACUCUCCUGGAAUACUGUUCACGUCUUCUGUGUAUAUGUGACUCUCCUGGAAUACCGUUCAUGUCUUCUGUGUAUAUGGGACUCUCCUGACUUGGGUAUUUUUUUGUUUGUUUUAUUUUCUUUUUCUUUGAUCAAAAUUUGAAAAUAAAAUUCUCUGUUACUUAGAACUA